UACCAGCGGAAGUGUCCGUCCCUUCCAAAUUCUCCAUCCGGUCAGAGCGGAGCCGGUCAGCAAUUUCCAAAAAUGUCAGCAAGAACUGCCUCUGUCCAUGCCAAAUGGAUUAUAGGAAAAGUGAUUGGGACAAAAAUGAAGAAGACUGCCAAAGUCAGAAUAACUAGACUUGUGCUGAAUCCAUAUCUGUUAAAGUUUUACAAUAAAAGGAAGACCUAUUUUGCUCAUGAUCCAAAAGAAGAGUGCACAGUGGGUGAUAUCGUGCUUCUAAAGGCUUUGCCUGAACAAAGGACCAAGCAUGUUAAACAUGAACUGGCAGAAAUUGUGUUCAAAGUUGGAAAUAUCAUUGAUCCAAUCACACAGAAACGCUGUAGUGGAAGCAGAAUACUUGAGACCAUUAAAGACUCUGAUUUAGAUAUGGGAUCCCUCAGUGAUCAUAUGAAUAAUUUAGAGAUCAGUGGUGUGCAGAAUAAUUCAGAACAUAAAACCUCUGCAAGUUGAAUCAUAAUAAAAUAUUUGUAAAUUUGAACGUAUAAUUAAUAAAUAUUCAUUCUGCAAAUGUUAUUCAGAAACAAAAAAAGGUAUGUUUUUUACGCAAAAGAGGUGCACGAUGAUUUUCCCAUCUUGCAUUCAUGUUUUCCUGCACUUUGGAAGUGAUUGAUUUCAUAAAAUCCAAAGUAAAAUAAAUUCAAAUGAUUUCAUAUACUCAA